CGAGCCUUUGUUGAAACGGACAUAUAGUGUUGUUGUCGUUGCUAUGCGAGGUUGAUGCGAGGGAAUAAUAUUUGUUGUGAUUGUUACCUGCUGAUGGUAGGUCCGUAAAUAUAUACAAUCGUUACGAACAUUAAUUAAAAUUACAUCAAAAUGAGUUACAUAAACCUAGGAAGAGACAGCCUACCGGCAAUUAACUCAGCAAGAAGAAUAAAAAGUCUUGAAGAAGAACUGCAAUGGUACAGAUCGAGAGAAAGUGGCGGUGUUACAACAAGUGGACGCAUGACGCCGGUGGGAAUACUGAAAUAUGAUAAUAAGUAUGAGGGAAAUGAAACCCGUAGACAGUUGAAUGAGGUAGGUUGUUAUAUAUAUUUUUUAAAGUUUAACAUGACAUACCUAAUGCCAAAUAAAUAAAUAUCAUAAGACAUGACAUAAGUCAUUAAAAUAAUUAAAAUAAUAAAUAGUUACUCAUGUUAAAGUUACAACACUAGUAACUAGCUUUCACACUUUCAGUCAGCAAAAGUGUCAAAAGAAACAUCUAGGCUACACAAUUAAAAUAAUUAAUAAAAUUGGCAAUAUAAUAUAAUAUCUAAUAAAUUUAAACUAGGUCACACGUUUAUUAUUGAUUAUUUUUCAUAAGAAAUCUUAAGUAAUUGACUAAAUAUAAAACUUUAAAAGGUAGAAUUAUGUUAGAUCUACUCAAUAUUUAUUUCAUAUAGCCUAUAUUUGAAAACAUGCAGCCUUAUCUUAUUCUAGUUUAUACAACUUAUUUUAAAGGGAACUUUUUAUUUUCAAGCUUCAAGAUCAAGUCAAAUCAUUCCGUGAUGAGCUGAAAAAGAAAGACAGUUUAAUUCAGCACCUUGUGAGUUUGGAGUCAGCACCAAAAGUUCCACGUGCUCCUGAUUCUUACAGGGUAAGAAUAAGAAAAACUAAAUAUUGCAGAAUCAAACAAAAAAAUGUUAUAACAAGUUAUUAUUGUUAAAAAGGUUAAAAAAAUUAUUAUUUUUUUUACAAAGGGGUCGUCCAUUAAUUUACGUCAACAAAAUGGGGGUGGGGGUGGGAGGGGGGUUUGGAAAUGUUUGACAAGGUGGAGGGGUGGGUUACAUGGGACCCGGGUCCGAAUGGUGGCGCUGUGUCCGGAUAAAUUUUUACUAAAUGCUAUUCGGAUGUGGUAGUUUAUUUUAAUUAAACUGAAGAAGUAAGUUUACAAACAUAUAGUCCAUUCAAUUAUCUUUCAUUUGAUACCUCAUUUUGUCUUAUAAACCUAACAAUAAUAUUUGAAAUAGUUUUUUAAUCCCAACCUCUCACUUCUGGUACCUGGGUGCGUAUAGCCACUUCAUUUUUUUAAUGUGUGCACUGCUGAUGGCUGGUCAGAAUGUUAGCACAUUUAUUUAAUGCUAGAGAAGUCAAAAGUUGGCCUCUCUUCGACUGUAGAUUCUAUUUGUCGCAAAUGUCUAGGGCGGUAUGUUUGUGGUCAUGUUGCAGGUAUGGAACAAGGACAAGGUUCAAGAGUCAUGUGCAGUCAAGAUAAAUGAUAUUGAUAGAGUAGGAAUAAAAUAUUUUUAGAAUUAGAGGAAAGGGAGUAAAAAUAAUAACAUCGCUGCUGAACGGAUUUUCAAAAUCUGUUACAUCUAUUUUGCAUCACAAGUCAUGUUGAAAUAGCAAGUUCAACAGCACAGACAGUGCAUAAGAUAUUACCACUUGCUCCUUAACAAAAAAGAAUUUGACUAAUGCCAGGAGACAGAGAGAGCUUAUGGCAAUUAUUGCUAACACUGAAAAUGCUUCUAUUGUAAGUGCUAAAUGGUUAGAUGAGGCUGAUGUUGACUUGUCUGGUACAUCAUCUCUGCAAGAUAAAAAUGAUAAAUCAGCUACUAUGCCCAUUGCUACGAUAAAACAACAGCUGGUUACUCCCUGGGAGGACGGUAGCAGCUAGAAACUAUGCUACAAUUGUCAGCUAUGCUGACAAUAAUCAUAUUUCUACUUCCACAAACAAAGAUAUUUAGUCUUUAAAACCCUUGUCAAUGAUUCUUCAUUAUAUAAUUUAAGUGUAAAAACUUUUAAAAUUAUUAAUUAACAAGCUAAAGAUGCAAUGAAAUGAUUUUCCUACCAGUUUGUGUUAUUAAAAUAGAUACUCACAAAGUAAAAUGUAUUUAUAUAUUUAUUUAUAUUAUAAUUCAUUUUGUUUUGGGGGGUGGGGUGUAUAUUAAUGUUAGCACAAUUACUGGGGGGGGGGGGGGUCCCGGAAAGUUUGAAAGUUUUUGACAGGGGGGAUGAGGGGGGGAAAAAAGCCACGGGGGGGGGGUGGUUGUCCAUGAGCUUGACAGUUUUUGACAGGGGGGAUAGAGGGGGUAAAAAAUUGCUUAAAAUUUGUUGAUGUAAUUAAUGGACGGCCCUGAAGACCUAAUUUUAGGAAAAUAUAUUUUUGUUCACAUGUUUAUUUUUUUUUUAGCUGGACAGUUUGUACCUUGGGGAAAGAUCAGCUUUAGAUUUGACAAGGAGUGAGCUUGCGGCUUUACAAGUUAAAUUUGAAAGAGCUCAAGCACAGGUACUUUUUAAAAAUAUAUUUUUUCUUUGAAAAAAAAUAUCUUCAAUCACUUAUUAUAAUCAUCCAUGAUAUAAUAAUACUGAAUAAACUGCAUUAUUGUUUUUAAAUAUUUUUGGAAAAAAUUAUAAUACUCUUAAAGCCUUGCAUCAUUACUAAAACAAUCCUAUACUUUGAUUUUAUAUAAUUCUAUUUCAUUUAGUUCCUUAAGCAUAAUUUAUAAAAGCUGUAUUAAUUCUUUCUUGUUUAAAAAAAAAAUAAAAUAGAUUCACGAUCUCCAAGGGGAAUUGGAAACCAAAGACAUAAAAAUUAAAGAACUUCAACACCUUCUAGAUACAACAAGAGGCACAGAAACCAGAUUGGGAAACAUGGUGGCAUCACUACGAGAAAAACUUGGAGAGUAUGAGUCACGGGCAGGAUCCUAUGAAACUGUCGCUAACCGAGGGGAAUUCACAAUAACAGCACUCCAACAAGAAAACAGGGAAUUAAGUGACAAGAUUUUGGAACUUGAGCAAAGGCUUAGGUGAGAUCUGGGGGAUUUUAGUAUGUAAAUAAUUCAUAACACAGUAAGAGGAAAAGAAACUGAACCCAAUUUUUAGUUUUGGUUAGUUUUUAUUUUGUGAAAUAAUUUAAUCUUAAGUCAAUUAUCUCAUUGUUUACAAAGAUAAAACAUAAUAAUCAAGAAUCAAAUGAUUUGAAUAGUUGCUAUAUCAAAGAGCAAAUCAAUAAAGGCACUACUAAAAUUCUUUGUUUGUAGAAAAUAAUACAUUAAUAUAUAUAUAUAAAUUAAAAAAAAAAUCUAUGCUCAUUACUAUGAAUGAGUGAAGUAAAGACUGAAAGAAAUACAACGAACACAGUACGAGCACAAAAAUAGUUUUUAAAAAAUUAAAGAAAAAUUUAUUAAAUCUAAAUUUAAAUUAUAUAGGAAAACCUUUUGAGCUCUAGAUAUACCCAUUUCUCCCAUUUUUUCCACAUCUAAAGAGAUAAAUUGAGUCCACAAAUCGUCAAAAUAUACUCUGUAUGUGAAGUGGAUAAGAUGUAAAAUUUCAUGUAUGAAAAUUGCAAACAAGUACAAAAUUAAUGUAUUUACUCAGUUGAAACCUCAUUUUAUUAUUAUUUGUUUCUAGUUUUUACCAUUAAGUUCUUCAAACUCUUACAAUUUCAAUGAAAUGGAAUAAAGUAUGAUUGAAAUGAAACUUUUUUGGAUUAAAAAAUUUCACAGAGAUAAUAAAUAGAUGAUGAUUUAAUGUCUAAAUGGUGUAUUUGAAUGUAUCUUCAGAAAACAAUUGGAAAACCGUGAAGAAUCAGAGUCCAGACUGAUGACUGAUAGCAAACGACUCAACGAUCUCCUCGGGCAGAUAAGGAGCUUGUUUUAUACAGAUGAUAUAGUUGAUGCCUCCCCAGCAUCUAUUGACAUUAUUAUGCACAAGGUAAAUAACUCUCUAUUUUUUUUGGAUAGUCUUCUCCAUAUCCUUUUAAUUCACUAUCCUCUCUAUGACUCACUCUUAAUAUAGUAGUAUACCUUUUGUUAAUUUUAUAUUGGAAUGAAUGUACUGGGAAAGUUCACGUAAUACAUAUAACACAAGUGUACUUUUACCAUUAUGUAUGCCAAAUAUGUUAAAAACAUAGUUAAAGAGUUUUUUUAACCAGUAUAUGGAUAUGGAACCAACUUGUUUGCUCAUUUUGUUAUUUUCAAGUAUUUGUUUGAACAUAUUUAAGGUCUAGUAUGCCAGAUAAAAAGAUAUCACUGCCGUUUGCAUACAAAAUAUUUUUCAAAGAAUGCAUUGAUGUUGCAAGUUUGUUUUUUGCAAAUGAAAAGAAAGAAGAAUGAGGUUUGUAAGUGUCUAAAAAAUGAUUUUUUUGCCUUAGUUGAACCAAUCACCUUAGUGAAUUGAACUGGUUGAUACUACUUAGUAUAUGACAUAAAAUUGAUUGUAUAAUUUAAAAGAAAAAAUAAGAGGCUCUAGAAUUAAUAUUUUUACUCAUAUUUAAUGAACUUAACGAGAUUGAUUUCUAUACCAGUUCAAAUUUCUUGUCCCAGUCCAAAUAUUUGCUCCCUUAUUUUAGUAGGUUCCUGAUGACCCAUAAUGUAUAAUCUUUGCCUACUUCCUUUGUGUGGAAGAUAUUUUAAUCUUUCAAAAUUUUACUUUUCUUUAAUAAAUGCCUUAUUUAAAAAAUUCUUGACUUCCUUUUUUUUUGUACCAAAAUUUAAAAAUUUAAUAUUAUUUAAUUCUGAAAAGAGUUUGUUUUUUUCCCCCCAUAAAAAGCUGAAUGACCUUGUCCAAGAGAAUGCCAUGCUGAAAGGAAAGAUUAUGACCAUGAAUGAGCACUUAAAUGAGACACAGCUGGAAACGAAGGCCAGCAGGGAAACAAUAAUGAGACUUGUAUCCGAAGUAGGCCGUGAGCAAAAAGUUGCCACCAGGUACACUUCAGAUAUUGAAAAUCUUAGACUGGUAAGUACUUCUCUUUAUUCAUAUUAGCUCAUUUAAAUAUCAGACUGUUUAAAUUAUAGGUUUCAAAUGUAAUCACGAAAAUUAAUGACUUAACUAGGACUUAUAUAGCAAAAUUUAUGAGAAAUAGAUUGUGAUUUUUGCCCUUAGUACAUAAUAGGAAUAAAGAUUUAAUAAUCCUUGUCAAAGGAGAAAAAAUAAAAUGAAUAAUUCAUAUUUUUCAUUCCAUCUCAAAAUAUUUUAAAUUAACUUAAGCACAUCAUAUCCAAAAGCACUAUAAAAACUUUAAUUUUUUCAAGUGAUCUGAAAUUUUAAUCAACAUUCAAUAAUAAUACCCUGAAAAUAAAAUUCCAAGCUAUGACCAUUUUGUAGCUUAUUGACCCCAUUACAUGGGGAACACAAACAUAGAAACUAUUUUACAAAAUUAUAAAAAUUGAUAGUUAUUGAUUUUUUCAAAUUCAUUGAAACUAGGCGUUUUCAAAGAAAAAAUAUAAUGUAAAAUACAUGCAUCACUCAAUUAAAAAAAUUGAUUAUGACCUGCUUUUAGUGUGUUCAUGUUUAAUUGAUUAUGACCUGCUUUUAGUGUGUUCAUGUUUAAUUUUGAUGUUUAGAUCCCCUAAUAUAUUUACAUUGUUUUAAUGUGCAGGAGAGAGAUAAUGCAUUGGCAGCUCGACAUGAUUUGGAGCGUGAGAUUGAACUUCUCAAAGAGCGCCUGGAUGCCAGUCAUAGGGCCUUGGAAGCUACCAGGAAUGAACUCCAGCUAAAGGAGAGCAGGUUCAGCUCCCUUGACAGAGAUUUACGUGAGAAAGCCCACAACAUUCGUUCGACAAGCACCCAGUUUGACCUUUUCCGUGAGCAGCUGGCCAAUUUCUUGAGCACACCCCAAAACAAUGUUAAUCCUUCUGAAGAUAGUGUCAAAGAAGCUGUGAGACGCCUGGCAACAGAUAGGAAAGAACUUAGUAUGGUGAGCUGGUUAAAAGGUUCUAAACAUUAUGGGAGAAAUAAUUUGGUUGAUAGCAUUUGAUUUUGGGAAGUGGGUUCAGAUUUUUUGUGAAUCAGUUUAGCGAAUCAACAGACGCAUAAAGUCCUACUUUUAAUACUUUUCUUUAUCUGAGGCUAAAAUGUGGAUAUUAACUCUUUUGCUGCGGAAUUUUUUUUUAAUGAAAAAAUGUACACUUUUUUUUCAAAGAGCGAACAUGAGUGAGAGGUUGGGUCUAUUAAAAAAUAUUAAAAAUAUUAAUGUUUGAUUUAUAAGGGUAAAUUUGGCAUCAAAUGAAAGAUAAUUGAAAGGACUAUAUGUUUGUAAACUUAUUUCUUCAGUUUAACUAAAAUAAGUAACAGAAAAGAAACGUAAAAUGUUAAAACAUGAUAUGCAAAACCAUUUUUUCCCAUACCUAUGAUGUAGGCAAUGAUCAUCAUCACUGCUAUAAUUCAAAUCAUCUAAAACUACUACUAUCAGAAUCAUGUGUUGGAUCUAAGUACUUUAAAUCAAUAGAAAUAUUUAUUAACUUAGUUUUCUAAAUGUCGUUCUUCAAAAAUGUUCUGCCUCUUUUUUAAGACCACUCCAAAUUACAGCCAAAUUUUAAUAUUAAUUUAAAAUUUGAAAAACUGAGGUUUUACUGGUUUACAAAUUAAAGAAGAAAAAUAUACCGUUUGCUUAAGAAAAAACUGAUGAAGCAUUUAUACUUAUUUUCAACAAAAAUUUAUUCCUGUUUUUUCAGCGCCUGGAAGAGUAUGAGGGACGGGUCAAACAUUUGAGUGAACAACUUGACCAUGAACUUAGCAUCCACCGAGACAUGGCUCAGCGAGCCAAGAGGUUUGAGGUUGAGGCAGCUGAUCUUGCAGAGAGAUUGCGAAGUGCAGAAGGUGAGCUUUCUGCUGGUGAUUGCCUAAGGGAUGGGUUCAAGUUUGAUAAGGAAAAGGUAAGUUGCUAUAAUUUGCUAAAUGUACAAAAAAUUUAAUACCAUUUUCAUCAUUGAAUUUUCAUUUUUCGUUUGAUUUUUUUUUUUCAUCAAAAUAAUCUAAAAAUUCCCAUUACCCAUUUAAGUGAUAAAAAUAUCAAAUUGAUAGGAAUAGAAACACAUUUUAUUUAAAUUAUACAAAAUUCAAUAUUUAAAGUGAAAAAAAAUAAUUUUUCUAGUACUUGAGAGGUCUACAGAAACUUGGUGAAAUUAUGAAAAUGGAUCGCAUUUCCCUUGACCUUGGUCUUGACCUUACAAUGGACGCACUUGUCGCCCGUGCUGAACAGUUAAUGAAACUUGAGGCUGAUGCUCUUGCUGAUAAGUCAACUCAUGUGUACAAUCUUCAACGCAAGGUUAGUGUGGCCAGCAUAUUACGAACUCUAUCUCUUGUAAAUAUGGAGCUCUCAAUAUAUACUAAUAUUUGAAAAAAUUUUCAAAAAUGUAAGAUUGUAAAAAAUGCACAGUAUAUCCAUUUGUUAAUAACCUUGAAUAUAUUUCUUUCUUGUAUUUUUAGUUGAAAUCCCUCAAGGAGCAACUGGAGAGCAAAGAUCUCCACAUCGACUUGCUGAGAAAGAAAAUGACAAAUCUUGAAGAGCGUGUUCAUGGCAGGAUUGACAUUGAGAAGCAACGUGAGUCUGAAAGUAUCAGAGUUCAGAAGCUCGAGAAACUGGUUGAAAAAUAUAAACUUCAGCUGCAAGACUCAAGACAUGAGGUCCAAAAUUUAAAAGCUCAAUUACUGGGAUCUGGGGAACUCAAGGUACAGGAGUUAAGGAAAUCAAAGAUUAUAUAAUUUAAAUAUAAUCGCAUGCAUUACUAUUUGUUCAAACAUGAUUGUAGUUUUUUUUGUUUGUUCAGAUUUGACUUUGAGUUUUACUGUUAGUUCAAAUAUGAUUGUAGGAUUUUACUAUUUGUUCAAAAUGACUGUAGUUUUUUUGUAUUGAUUGUUCAAAUAUGACUGUAGUUUUUUUGUAUUUAUUGUUCAAAUAUGACUAGUUUUUUUGUAUUGAUUGUUCAAAUAUGACUGUUAGUUCAAAUAGGAUUGUAGUUUGUUUUUACUGACUAAUAAGUUGGUGAGUACUUAAUGAAUAAACUAUAAAUCUGUUUUUAAUAAAUAAAAAAAGGAUUUAAUCUAACUAUGUUUAUUGAAUUAAAUGUUUUUACUUAGAAAAAAAAAAGAUAUCUAAGACAUAUGAUGAGAAAAUAUUAUAUUGAUUUAGACCUAAGCAGUUAAGAAGUUUAAGGUGUUAAAGUAACUACAUUUUCAAAAUUAUAUAACAGUAUAGGACUCAAAAGUAGUAAUUAAAAUUAAGCCAUAAAUUUUGUUUUUUAAUAUGAAAUAAAGAAAAACGUAAAAACUAUCUUAAAGCCUAUAAGGCGUGUAACACAUAACUCAUAUUAAAAUUAUUCAGGUCCGCACACUUGAGCAACGUAAAGACAUUGAGGAGCUUGCAAGACAAAUUGAAGAACUUGAAGAAGUGAGAAAACGACAAUCGAGGAAGAUUUUAGAACUGAAAUCAGCUGUCGACAACAAUGAGUCAUCUCUGCAAGAAAAGAAAGUUGCUUCUGAAAAUGCAGUUCAAGCCCUGAGCAGCGAAUUACGGACCACAAAGAAUGCCUUGGAUACACUGAAAUACAGAGAAAAACAGGUAAAAAUGGCAUUUUGUACCUAUACUUUUAAAAUACAUGUUUUGUAUUUAGAGAGACAUAAGUAGAUCUUCACAAUACAUAUUAUAUGGUUGAUUUAUGUAUUGAUCUAAAAAUAAAAAAGGUUUAUAUGCUCAAAGCAAAGACAUCGCUAUAAAUGUUUGUGCAUUUUGUUGUUAUUGAAUGAGUUAUACAUUCAAUUGAUUCAACAUUUGUUUCUCUAAAUGAAAAAUUGUUUUAUGUGCUAUUGAUUGGCUGAACAGAAAAAAAAUAGUAGUAACUAAUAAAAUGACCAUUGUCAACAUACAACAUUACUCGUAGUUUAACAGCUGAAUAUAUAUAUAUAUAAUGUAUUUCUUCAUUGUCAGUUGGUAGACUUCCGAACUGUUGUGGCUCGCAUGCUUGGCCUUGACAUCAACACCUUAGCUGUCCCUGAUUAUGAAAUCAUCACCCGUCUUGAGAAACUAAUCCAAGCACAUCAUACAACAGCUUUCACAACUCUCUCCUUGGAGGAAGCUCUCCAGGAUGUUGAGGAUGGCAGUGCACAAGAUUACCGCCGUGUCUUAGAGACUACAGAUCCAGUUAUUGCCAGAUCCAGAGACAGGUCAAGGCGGAAAGCUGCAAAGUUACGGACCCGAGCACGGUCAGUGUCUCCUAUGAGACGUGAUCCCAGAGUUUAUUAAAUAUUAAUGUUUUCCUUAUCCUCGAGUACAAAUUGUGGUUUUGAAAAUUCUUCCAAGAAAAGUAGCUACUUCAUUUUUUGGGUGAGCUAUCUUCUUAGAUAAGCAAGACCACUCAUUUUAGUAAAUUAAAUUGAGUAAAUUUAUGAAUUAGGGAAAAUUUGUGAGCCAAAUAAUAAUUUUUACAUCCUUUUGUGUACUAAUAAGUAAAAAGGUAUAUUUUAAAAAUGUCAUGUUAAUUUUUUUUAAAUAUCUCCAAAAAUUUUGACAGAAAAACAGUGACAGAUAAUGUACAAUUUCUUUGUGAUAAGUGCUCUCAGACAUAUUCUUUAAUGCUCAUUGUCUCAGCUUUACACUAUUUAUAAUAUAUAUUUUUUUAAAUUACUUAUUAUUAAAAAUUUUUUAUUGAAGGAUAUGAUUUAAAUAAUGUUCCGAGUCAUGGGUUACAUUUAGUGACAAGAAAUAAGAAAUUUAAAUCUUGAGGAUUUUUUUUCUCUUAAGAUUGUAGUUUAUUUCCUCAGACAUAAAAGAGGAUUUUUAAACAUUUUAUCUUUUAGUAACAGUCCUGGCCAUUUUUCAAUCUGAAUGUUUUGUUAUAAAGCAAAAAUAGAAAAUGUUAUAAUAAAAAUUCAAUUAAGUGUUAACAUGAAGGAUGCGACGAGUCUUAAUAAAAUAACAACUUUUUCACCAAAAUUUGGGUAUUUGUCAUUCUCUAUUAUGAUAUAAAGAUUUAGUAUUUCAGUCUUUUUAAUUAAUCGUUUUAUUUUAGUUUUAAUAGAGCAUUUGACAAUCUCAGAAAUGUCAUUUUAUUGGUUAUUGAAGAAACAAAAACAUAUCAGUUUUAAAUAUAGAUAAAGUAUUAAUGUAUUUACGGGGUUGAUACUAGCCCCUUGUUUUACAACUGUGAGUGAUAUGACAAUAGGGACUGGUUCCUUGUUAUUAUUUUUUUAUAUAAAAAAUUAUUUUUAUUGGCCAAAUACAAUUAAAUACAUAAUACAAUAAAUAAUUAAAAUAGUUUUAGACAUUAUGUAAAUUAUUCAAAUAUUAUUUUUUAUAACUUCUUUUUCUACUUUAAUUAAAGUAACAAAAUUAUCAGUUAUUUUAAUGGAUAUUUAUAAAGUACAGAUAGGUGCAAAAUUAUUUUUAGAAAUUGCAUUUGUGAAUAUUUCUUUGAUGUCUGUUGGAUUAUGUGUACAUGUGAUGAUUUGUGGUCCAUCAAGUCAUUUUUAAAAAACCAUAUAAGGACAAGAGCUAUUUUAAAAGACUCUGUAUAACAUUUUACUGAAUAAUUCAUAAUAUAUCAAUGUUAUGUCAAAUUUGUGGUUCUGAUUGAAACUGUAAAUACAGAAACAUUAACAUUCCCUUUUAAUGAUUUAUUAUCAUUUUUUGAGUGAUUAAAACAAUCUCAGGUACUGAUUAAAUAAAGUAUAGUUUGGAUGAAAAAAGUAUCAUUAAAUAAAUCGAUAAAUAAAUAAAUAUGUUUGUUAAAGAAGAUGAAAUCAAAUUUUAAAAAAGAACACUGUAAAUUUGGUUAAGAUUAUUUUUUUUAAAAAUUACAGUGCAAGCAUUCCCUUUUUUAACUAAAGAAUUUAAGUGGAAAGCUCUUCUUAUUUGUUUUAAUUAUUCAGUUACCUUGACUUUACUUAUUUUGUUUUUGUUACUGCAGCUAUAGAUGUUGAAAUACCUAGAAGUGGCACAUUUUAUAGAUACACACUGUCAACAAAGAUACAGUUCAAAAUCGUUUAGAAAAGCCAGACCAUGUUCCACAUUUGAUAAUACAAUUCAAGAGGUUAAAAUAAUGAUUUAUUGUUAAAGAGAUUUUCCAUGUAAAUUUUAAAUGUUUUCAGACAACAACAAAAAAUCAAUCUACAUUGAUAUAAAGAUAUUUAUUUGCUAGGCUAAAAAAGUGACUUCAAAAUUAUAUUCCAUUGAUUGGUUUUUUUUUGUUUCUUUGAAUCAAUCAUAACUUUUGAAUUAAUGUAGAUGUAAGUUUUACCCUUUUAAAUAAUAUGUAGGCCUACUUUGUUGUAAAAUUAUCUGGAAAUUUUAUGUUCUUACCCUCUCUUUAUGAGCCAAAAUAUGUUAUAAAAAUUAAAUUCAUUUGUUAUCCAUCCUUUUCAUAUGAAUAAAUAAAUAUGUCUACAUUGCUUUCAUCCAUAAAAUAACAUCAGAAAACUACCAAAUUAUAAUGUGCCUUGAAAAAAAAAGAUCAUUGGAAACAUUUUUAGCUUGAAGCCUUUUAGAUUGGAUGAAACUACCCCAAGCACAGAAGUUAAAAUUUUCAUAGUGAGUCCGAAGAGCAUUGUUAAAACUGAAGAAGAAAAAUACUGUUGAGCAGAGUGUUAUAAUGUUGUUUGCCAUUGUUCUUUACUUACAACUUAUUGGUAAAAAAUUUCUAUAUUUCUAUUCUCAACUUUAACCAAUGUUGUUAUGUUUAUUUUAAAAAAAAUUAAUUACAAAGUAACUGCCGUUUAAAUUUCUACUUGUAAAUAAUGGAACCACCUAUUUUUUUUGUUGAAAAGCAAAAUUUUUGUUUCAACUUUUUCAUAAGACUGCAUAUGUCAACAAUGAAAAUUAUUCUUUAAAAUAAUUCUUUUUUAAGUGUUGGUGUUUUGAAUCAAACAAUAAACUAUUAUUUGCAUUGUAUCAAGUCCCUUACUACAGUAACCUUGAGCAUAACUGAACAAACCUUAGAAUUUUCAAUUGAAUAAUAUAAUUAAUUUGAAUAAUACGAUUAUAAUAAUGUCUUAGUUUAUAUCUAUUUAUAUCUAUCUAUGUAAUACUUUUAUAUAUAUAUAUGUUACGUACUGUAAUAUAUAUAUUCAAUCUAAAUAAAUUAUUAAUGUACUGUGAAUCUAUGACAACAAUGAAUUUGUGUAUUGUGCAUUUGUAUUUGAAUGUCUUAAUUUCAGUUUCCUAACUCUUAAAAUACAAACUUACAUGUAAUUUUAAUUCUGAUUUGAUGAUUUCAUCGAUGCCUAUAUUCUUUAUGAAUGAUAACUUUCUUUCAAUCACCUACCAAUAAAGUUUAUUAUAACAUUUUUUAUAUGCACACAUCAGUAAAUAAAUAUAAUUUCUUUAGUAAAUAAAACUUAAUGUCAU